AUUUUCGUAUUUUCGAAAAAAUUAAAGAAAAAUUUUCACUCCAGCAGAAUUCCCAUCUCUGAUUAUCUCAGCCAAGAACACGAUGCUACUAUUGAUUCAGGAGGCCGAGCUCUGAUGCUCCGCCCUUCAAUGCCGCCACACCAACCGAGCACCGACGCUUACGUCAUUCAUCGUCUAUAGUUUUUCUAGCUUCCGCAUUGCAGCUUUGUACGUUGAGCUGGUAAUUACUCCAAAUUUUUGAGACAUUGAUGACAAUGAGAUCCAUAUAAAGGUUUUUUGGAGUGUGGAUAGAGCUAGAGGAACAAGAGUUUGGGAAAAUGGGAGAGAGCCAGAAGUUCCAGAUGGGAACCAUUGGGGCUCUGAGUUUGUCGGUGGUGUCGUCCGUGUCGAUUGUCAUUUGCAACAAGGCUCUUAUUAGCACACUUGGUUUUACUUUUGCCACUACUUUGACGAGCUGGCAUCUUCUGGUCACAUUUUGUUCUCUUCACGUAGCAUUAUGGAUGAAAAUGUUUGAGCACAAGCCUUUUGAUGCUAGUUCUGUAAUGAGUUUUGGAAUUUUAAAUGGGAUCUCUAUUGGACUUCUGAAUCUCAGCCUGGGUUUCAAUUCUGUUGGUUUCUACCAGAUGACAAAACUAGCAAUCAUUCCUUGUACUGUUCUUUUGGAGACCCUUUUCUUUAGGAAGAAAUUCAGCCGAAGUAUCCAGUUUUCUCUCAGCAUCCUUCUUAUGGGCGUUGGAGUUGCAACAGUGACUGAUCUUCAGCUCAAUGCCCUGGGUUCUUUUUUGUCCCUGCUGGCAGUUAUUACAACCUGUGUUGCUCAGAUUAUGACCAAUACCAUCCAGAAGAAGUUCAAAGUUUCUUCAACCCAACUUCUGUAUCAGUCUUGCCCUUAUCAGGCAAUAUCCUUGUUUAUCAUUGGUCCAUUUCUAGAUGGAUUUCUGACUAAUCAAAAUGUUUUUGCCUUCGAAUAUACCCCGCAAGUGCUGUUCUUCAUUGUUCUAUCCUGCCUGAUAUCUGUCUCUGUAAACUUCAGUACGUUUUUGGUUAUUGGAAAGACGUCUGCGGUAACCUAUCAGGUCCUCGGACAUUUGAAAACAUGCCUUGUUUUGACAUUUGGCUACACUCUACUUCACGACCCAUUUGACUGGCGCAACAUUUUAGGGAUAUUGAUUGCCGUGCUCGGAAUGGUACUCUAUUCUUAUUAUUGCUCUCGUGAGAGCCAGCGGAAGGCUAGUGAAGCAUCUCAACAGUUGCCACAGACAAAAGAGAGUGAAGCGGAUCCUUUAUUAGCAAUGGAAAAUGGAACUGGGAUGCUAGGGGAGGAUGGUGCUGUUCAGAAAGGCCCUGUGUGGAAUUCGAACAAGGACCUACAUGCUUAAAGGCUUUGUAAUGUCUCUUAGUUUAAUGUAUGCAAAAUUGUUUGAUCAAAAGUGGUGGAAAAAGCUGUUCCAGCAACGAAGAUGUUGCUGGCAAGGGUUCUCUAUCCAGGGCAUUGGUUGGGGUUUAUAAUUUCUGUUGUAGAAGUAAUGCUUCAGAGUCGAAGAAAGCAAUUUAUAUAGCAAUUUUGGUUAUUAAUAUUGUAUGAAUCCGGUUUAGCAACUGGGAUUCAUACCGGAAUUUGGUGCUCAGAUUGCAUACUGUUGUACCGAAUACUAUACAAUGUUCACAAUUGUUGUUUUUUAUUCACAAUUG